AUGACACCGGGGCUCGCAGAUAGCAACGCCAUCGCCUCAGCAGCGCUCACGGCCGUCUCCAAGAACACCCAAUGCGCUAGCGCACCAUCCUGGCUCGAUCUCUCCCUAGGAGGCGGAAAAGUCGUCUGCAUAGACGAGGGUUUCACGGGGCCAAAUGGCACCAUCUUCACGCUCACCGCCGACGCAGCCGGCAAACUCAGCGCCAUCCAUAGCUCACUCACAAUCUCGGGACCCGUAGCCACAAAAUUCUACAAUAACAACACGGCGGUAGCACUCGCCCAUUACGCCGGCUCCGCAAUUUCUACCUUCAAGGUCAGCGCGGAUGGCGCUUACACCCCGCUCCAGAACUUCACCUAUCCCGGCGACAACCACGGCCCCAAGCCGCAACAGGACAAAGCGCACGUCCACGAAGCAAUCCUCGACCCCACGGGCCAAUACCUCGUCUUUCCAGAUCUUGGUCUUGACCGCGUGCACGUAUACUGCAUCGAUCCCUCCACCGGCAACAUCACGCCGCAUGAGGACCUCAAAUCGCCCUCUGGUUACGGACCGCGCCACGCUACCUUCUGGAGUUCCAGCGGCUCGUCUGGAAACGGAACUACCUACCUCUUCGUCAUCCAUGAGCUCGUCAACAAGAUCAUCAGCUACCAAGUCGGCUAUCUCGAGGCUGGCGGUUUGACCUUCACGCAAGUCGAUGAAGUGAGCACAUAUGGCAACAAGACUGCACCCGAGGGCGCUGCAGCUGCAGAGAUCGUCAUGUCGCCCGACAACAAGUUCGUCAUCGCGAGCAACCGCAACAACACCAUCGCCAUGGUGCCGAACCCCGAUCCCAGCAACAGCACGGAGAUCGGCAGCGACUCCAUCGUUACCUUCAAGCCGAGCUGCGAGGGCAAAUUGAACUUUGUGCAGCUCGUGCCGAGCGGCGGAAGCUUCCCCAGGCACUUCAGCACGAACAAAGACGGUUCCAUGAUCGCAGUCGCCAACCAGAACACGAACAAUGUGGAUGUGUAUGCGCGGGAUCUAGAGUCGGGUAUGAUUGGCAAUAAGGUUGCUUCAGCCUUCGGCAUUGGGCCCGGUGCGUUGACCAAUGUUCAGUGGUUGGAGGACUAG